GCUCGGGCGCUGAGCGGCGGUACCUAGGCUCUGCUCGGCUCCGGCUCGACUGCAGCUCCUCUGGGGGUGGGCGGCGGGGAUGACAGCGGCGGGGGUGGCAGCGGCUGCGGCGCGGGACUGAGCGAGCGGCUAGCGAGCCGGGGAAAGAGGAGGACGUAUAGCCGCGGCCCGGAGCUCUGGAGUCAGCUGCCGCGCCGAGGACCGCCCCAUUUUGCAGAGCGAGCCGAAUCCGAACCUAAGAAGACUUCCCCGCCGGGCUCCGCGCCUCCUCGCCGGCGCCCUGCCCUGCCCCGCCUGUCCCAGACCCGGGUUCCGCCGGGACGCUCCCUGCCCUGCGGUCCGGGGCGUGUGGCCGGGGCGCCCCGAGACCCAGACCCUGAUCCAGUGCACCGGCGAGGGACGCUCCUGGCCCACCAUACGGCUCUAGGGUUAAGGGCUCCUUCCCAGCCUUUCUAUAGUGUGUUGGAGCCCCCAGCCCUCCGACCGCGGUUAAGGCGGGGUGCCCCCAGCCCGGUGACUGAGUGCAAAGCAGCCCGGACGCCUCCAGACUCUGGUUGCCCGAAACCCGAACCUUCAGCUGCCUCCAAUCCGGUGCUUCGGACCUGGGACCGUGCAAACAUCCAGGAAACCCCGGCCCGGGUUCAGCGCCCCGUGAGGGGUCCAAGGCGGGCUGGAUAGUCGGACUGAACCAGACUGGGCUGGUGCUUCGAGUCGAAGCUGCCACCUUCCUGCCGCCCCAGGCGAGGAGCUGAGCGCUUGCCCCCAAGAGAGCACAAGAGAGAGCCGAGAAGUGCAGCUCUCCCACUGAAGUGGCAUCACCACCUCUGUGGACAGGACCCCGCAGGAGCCCAGCUCACAGCCACUGGUGCCUUCUUCCAGGGCCCCCUCCUUCCAGAGACCCAGGGAGAGGCAGCGGAAAAAGCCAGCCUGGUUCCUGUGCCUGGGAGGGGCUGGGGCGUCCACCAAGGGACCAGCCGGGGGCCUCCAUGGGCGCCUGAGGGCCGGGCGCCAGGGCCGCGGGCGCGAGCAUGGUGAGACACCAGCCCCUGCAGUACUAUGAGCCGCAGCUCUGCCUCUCCUGCCUCACCGGCAUCUACGGCUGCCGCUGGAAGCGCUACCAGCGCUCUCACGAUGACACCACACCGUGGGAGCGCCUGUGGUUUCUGCUUCUCACCUUGACCUUCGGCCUCACGCUCACCUGGCUGUACUUCUGGUGGGAAGUCCACAACGACUACGAUGAAUUCAACUGGUACCUCUACAACCGCACGGGCUACUGGAGCGACUGGUCCGUGCCCAUCCUCAUGACCACAGCAGCCGCCUUCACUUACGUCGCAGGCCUCCAGGUCCUGGCACUAUGUCACAUUGCCGUGGGGCAGCAGAUGAACCUGCACUGGCUGCACAAGAUGGGGCUGGUGGCCAUCCUGGUGGCUACGGUGGUGGCCAUGUCAGCUGUGGCCCAGCUGUGGGAGGACGAGUGGGAGGUGCUGCUUAUCUCCCUGCAGGGCACAGCGCCAUUCCUGCACAUGGGGGCCCUGGUCGCCAUCACUGCGCUCUCCUGGAUCGUGGCAGGACAGUUUGCCCGCGCAGAGCGAUCCUCCUCCCAGAUGGCCAUUCUCGGUACCUUCUUCACCGUGGUGUUUGCCCUCUACCUGGCCCCUCUCACCAUCUCCUCUCCCUGCAUCAUGGAGAAAAAGGACCUGGGCCCCAAACCUGCCCUCAUCGGCCACCGCGGGGCCCCCAUGCUGGCCCCAGAGCACACGCUGAUGUCCUUCAGGAAGGCCCUAGAGCAGAAGCUGUACGGACUCCAGGCUGACGUCACCAUCAGCCUGGACGGCGUGCCCUUCCUCAUGCACGACGCCACCCUGCGCCGCACCACCAACGUGGAGGAGGAAUUCCCGGAGCUCGCCCACAGGCCCGCCUCCAUGCUCAACUGGACCCUGCUGCAGAGGCUCAACGCUGGCCAGUGGUUCCUGAAGACGGACCCCUUCUGGACGGCCAGUUCCCUGUCACCGUCCGACCACAGGGAGGCCCAAAACCAGUCCAUCUGCAGCCUAAUGGAACUCUUGGAGCUGGCCAAGGGCAAUGCCACGUUGCUGCUCAACCUGCGUGACCCGCCGCGGGAGCACCCCUACCGCGGCAGCUUCCUCAACGUCACGCUGGAGGCCGUGCUGCACUCGGGCUUCCCCCAGCACCAGGUCCUGUGGCUGCCUAACAGGCAGAGGCCCUUCGUGCAGAAGGUGGCUCCUGGCUUCCAGCAGACAUCGGGCUCCAAGGAGGCAGCUGCCAGCCUGCGGAGAGGCCACAUCCAGCGGCUGAACCUGCGCUACACUCAGGUGUCCCGCCAGGAGCUCAGGGACUAUGCAUCCUGGAACCUGAGCGUGAACCUCUACACAGUCAAUGCCCCGUGGCUCUUCUCCCUGCUGUGGUGCGCAGGGGUCCCGUCUGUCACCUCUGACAACUCCCACACCUUAUCCCAGGUGCCCUCCCCCCUCUGGAUCAUGCCCCCGGACGAGUACUGUCUCAUGUGGGUCACCGCCGACCUGAUCUCCUUCAUCCUGAUCGUUGGCAUCUUCGUGCUCCAGAACUAUCACUUGAUCAGGUGGCGCCUGGGUGGCAUACGGAGCUACAACCCCGAGCAGAUCAUGCUGAGUGCCGCGGUGCACCGGACCAGCCGGGACGUCAGCAUCAUGAAGGAGAAGCUCAUCUUUUCAGAGAUCAGCGAUGGCAUGGAGGUCUCCGAUGAGCUCUCUGUAUGUUCAGACAACAGUUAUGACACAUACGCCAACAGCACCACCUCCCCUAUGGGCCCCCAAGGGAGCGGCAGCCGCGCCACGACCCUCACAGACCGGAGUGGGCGUUAG